AUGCAUUCUCACAUCUUAUUAUUUUUUAAAGUCCUAAUAUUGAAAGUUAAGAGAGUGUUAAACGAAGUUUGCAGGUGUUUAGAACAGCUUAAUUUGACUUCUAUCGAUUCGAAUGAUCUAAUAGCAUCCAGAAUUAUAGAUAUUUCUGAAGAAGUAGAUAGCGUGGCAGAUAAGUUAUUAGUAGAGACUAAACAGAUUCUUAAGGAAAUUGAAUUAAGUGAACCAGAAUUUUCAGAAAAAAUGAUCAUGAUGCUAGAUGAAUUUAUUAAUAUAUAUGAGUUAUUGGACCCUCAUGCAAAUAAGCAGAGCAAUAAUUGGAAGAAAUUGAAUCGUCUAUGUAAAGAUGGAUUUGAUGCUAGAUUCAACAAAUUAAUUAAGAAGAAAGUUGUUAAUGCUGAUAAAGCUAAGUGUUGUGGAAAAUUUUUUGAAAAGUUCAUUGAAAGUAAAUUAGAAAUGAAAGAUCGAGAUCUAGCAUAUCAAUCACCAAAGGUGUGUCUCUUUGAGACAAAAAUAUUUCUUGAUUUAUUGAAAACCCAUAUUGCUGAGCUUGAGGCUGAAAAUGCAAAGCUUAGACAGACCAUAAAAGAAAAAUCUGAUCUUAAGACUGAAAAUUCCAAGCAUAAAGCUAAAAAUGCUAAACUUAAAGUUGAAGUAGCAAAAUUAAGACAUGACAUUGAGAAAAUCAAGCUACAAAUCCAAGUUAAUGCUAAUGAACAAGAUGCAUCUUUUAUUGAAGAUAUUUUGCAGUUCUUAGCUUGUUUAGAAUUACUAGUAACCCUUAAGGCCCAAAGGCUAAAAGCUAAACCUGCAUCAUUAGAAGAUAAGAAGAUUAAUGAAUUUCUGGAUUCAAAGUAUAAGGAAAAGUUAUCUGAGUUAUUGUAUGAUGCAAAAACUACUAAAAUUGUUAAAAAUCAAAAUACAGAACCUGCCUCAGAGGAAUCAAUCAAAGUUAUUAGUAGAAAUAAAGAGUCAGAUAUACCAGUUCACACUAAAAAUGACAAAUAUAUAGCCAUCAAAUUGGCUCAUUUAUAUCAAAAAGCAAGAAAGGCUAAAAAGAAUACUGUAUAUGCUAAACGAGAAGAGAUUUUAAAUUGGUAUUAUUAUAUAAAAGAAAUAGAAAAGAUUAAACAGAUUAAAUCUUAUAGUGCCAAUAAGAUAUCAAAACUCACUAACCCUCAAAUUCAACAUAUUAUAGAUUAUUUUGCAGAUGAAUCUUAUAAAAAGAUUAUAGUGAAAUGUCAACUGCACAACCUCAGAUCUUACCCUUACAUAACUAAAUUUUCUAACUCAAAUGAUUUAUCAGAAACUGAGAUAUAUAUAUGCAUAUUUACCAAAUCCCAGAUCACUAACUCUUCUGACUCAAAAACUAAGAUAAGUAUAUCACUAGAGAAUAAGAUAACUAAAAUAAAUGCACCACUCAUACCUCAAGUAAAUACACCUGCAAAUCAAUAUUCUAAUCUAUAUAGAGAAUUUAGUAGUGAAAAUUUUAAUUAUUAUAAAAUCACUGAUAAUAUAUCAUGCCCAUUAUGCAAACUAGAUUAUGAUAAUGAAGAAAGUAUAAAAGGAGGUCACCUUAUAAAUUUGAAGCCAGAAAACAAAGUAUCAGAUUUAUCUUUUUCUGAGCAAUGUAAAGAAAAAGAGCCUAUUAUGUUCAAAGCCAAACCUGAUCCAGAAUUAAUUAUCAAAUCCAUGUUAGAGUAUUUCACAUACUUGAAAUUCCAAAAUAGUUUUAGAGAAAUUAAUAAUUAUAGUUUCGUAUCACCUCAGCUGUGGAGCUCACCAUGUUCUAUUUGUAAUAGAAAACAUGAGAAUUAUAGACUACAUAGUGAAUGA